AAUCAUAGAUAUUUAUCACUUAAACCGUAAAUGUUUGGAUAUUACUUGUAUAUCGGAUGUGUAUAAUAUCAAGUAUAUGUAGAUAUAUGUAGAUAAAAACGACCAUGUGAUGGUUUAAAAUGAUAUUUCACAAGGACGCUGCGAGUUUACUGUACGGUCUGUACGGAUCAUAAUAAUAAUUUACAAUCGUAUAUUAUAAUAUUAUGUGCGGUAUGCGUAAUGCGUCAGACAUUUAAGAAAAUCCACUCGACAAUACGACGGUUGUGAUAAUUUAUCGUACGCGUAAAUCUCAAUAAACAGCGGACGUUUCGUCCUUCAACAAUAAUAAAUAAUAUUACGUACAAGUGUACGGCGUUUUUUUUUUUUCUGUUUUAACACAAACAAUCGUCGAAUAAUCGAAAUCGUGAGACGUCCGUAUUAUUAAUUUAUUGUCCGUCGCGCUUACAUUCCACGUACAUAAUAUCGUAUAAGUAAUAUUAUCAGUGCCGCAACUACCACCAGGGCAAGCAGGGCAAAGCCCUGCCAGAGGGCCCAAAUUAAUUUUUCAAAGGGGGCCCAUAAUGGGUGGAUCCUAUUAUUAUUUUUCCGGGUUUUUGAUUUUGUAAAAAUGUAUUUUGAAUUGAAAUAUUUUAAAUAUUAAAUAUUAAGGAGUUCAUAAUCGAUAAGUAAUAAUGCGGUAAACAUAGACCUUAUGCUUAAAUAAUAAUUUAGAUUUUAGGCACAAACUAUGAAAAGUCUGUGGUAUAAGUAUAAGGUCUUUGGCGGCAAAUCAAUUUCACAGAUUUAUUCUGUGAUAAAAGAUUAAUGAUGAAAAAAUCACCGAUCAUCUUGGCGUUGGCUACACUGAAUACUUAGUUUGUCUUAUAAACCAAAGCAUUAUUCUGUGACCAAAGUAAGCACCACUAAAGUGCAAAAUAAAAAUAGAAUAAAAAUAUCUCUUUUGUUUACAUUUAGGUACCUACAUACAAAAUAAUAAUUCACCAAUUAUCUUCCGAACUAACCUUUAUGGCUUAUGCCUCUAUGUGUUUUAAAUUAUUUCAAAUUUAUAAUCACCAAGUUACUACUAGGUACUUUUAAUUUUCACUUUUCAUUGAAUAGUUUGCAUUGCUAAUAAAAAAAUACUUUUAUUAAUCAUUGCUGUUAAUACUUUAAUACUUGACUUAUAAGUUAUUUUAAUCAUAUUUACAAUGUCAAAAUAUCUCAGUGGUUCAGCAAAAAGGAAAAUGAGAAUAAAAAAAGAUGAAGAAAUAAAGAAGUUGAGAGGUUCAUUAAAUAUGUUUGUAGUAAAAAACAAUUUGGAUAAUGCUGUUGACAAGUGUGCCAAAAAUGUAAUUAUUAAAACAAAUAAAAAUACUGAUGUGGAAUCGUCUGGGACUUGUGAUGAUACUGAGCCAGACAUAUUUGAUAAUCAAGUCGAUAACUUUUCCACCAACUUAAUUAGUAAAAUAAAUGAAAAUACUGAUUUGGAAUCGUCUGUGACUUGUGAUGAUACUGAGCCAGACAUAUUUGAUAAACCAGGUGAAAAUGAAAAUAAUGAAGUAGAAUCGUCUGACACUUGUGAUGUUACUGAGUCAGGCAUAUUUGAUAAACCAGGUUUAGAUUUAACAAAUGAUUAUCCAACUGACCGUGGACAUUUUAAAGAGUUUGAUACUGUAAAAUCUGAUUUGAAGAGAAGUAUUUUAUUGCAUGGACCAUGUAAACCAACCAACAUAGAAUUUCCCUAUAGCCCUGAUGGAAAAGGCAUCCUUAGACGUUUUUCAGCACAGUUUUAUCACAAAACUACAAAUACAGGACUAUGUAUACCCAGAAUAUGGUUAUGCUAUUCAGUCAUUUUAGAUUGUGCAUACUGUGAAGUAUGUUGGCUUUUCGCUGAUAGGCAAAAUAGAAAUUUUAAAAUAAAUUGGAUAUUAGGAAUUAAUGAUUGGCACCAUAUUGGAGAAAAAAUUGGAGCACAUGAAAUUUCUCAACAACAUAUUCAAGCCACUGAAGUCCGAGUACGCUGGUUAAAAAACGAAACUAUAGACAAACAUAUGGAAGAUAAAAUUAUUAAAGAAGCUAGUUUUUGGAGAAAUGUUUUAAUUAGAUUAGUCAAAAUUAUUUUAUUUUUAACUGCGGGGAAUACUGCUCUCCGAGGAAACGAAAACAGUAAAACUAAAAUAAAUAAUACAGAAGGAAACUUUAUCAGGACUGUAAGGCUAAUGGCAGAUUUUGAUCCUGUUUUAAAUAAUCUAUUGAAUAAUGAAAAUAAUAAAAUAAAAUACCUGAGUUGGAAAAUUCAAAAUGAAUUAAUUCAUUUAUUAUCCUCAGAAGUAUUAAAUAUAUUAGCAAACGAAGUAAAAAGAUCUAAAUAUUAUUCAAUAAUAGUAGAUUCGACACAAGAUAUAACAAAAAUUGAUCAAUUGAGUGUUAUACUGCGUUAUGUUGUUUUAAACUAUGAAACAAAAUCAUUUGAAGUAAAAGAAUCUUUUUUUGGGUUUUUUGAAUUAGAGAACCAUGGCUCAAAGGAUUAUGAAAAUCUUAUUUAUGAUGUGUUGAAAAAGUACAAUUUAGACAUCCAAAAUUGUCGUGGCCAGGGUUAUGAUGGUGCAGCAGUAAUGAGUGGAGCUUAUUCAGGAGUGCAACAAAGAAUAUCUUCUACCGUGUCGAAUGCACAUUAUGUACAUUGCUGCGCACAUAACCUUAACUUGGUGAUUUGUGAUGCAGCCAAAUCGACGCAAGUUGCAACUAACUUUUUUACAACAUUACAAACUAUAUUCAAUUUUUUUAGUUCUAGUUGUCCUAGAUGGGCAUCACUUGCAUUUGGUGAUGACACUGCCAAAACAAUUAGACUUAAAGUAUUAAAAAAAGUUUGUCCUACUCGCUGGGAGGCUAGGCAUUCAUCAGUAUCAGCAUUAAAACAAAGGUAUAUAGAAGUUAUAAAAUCAUUAACAUAUAUGAGUUUAUCAAGUAGUAAAGUAGAUGAAAAACAUAUGGCAAUUUCAAUUAAAAAAAAAAUAGAAUCUUUUGAAUUUUUACUUAUGUUAUGUUUGUGGGAACGAGUAUUGCGUCCUUUGCAUGGUAUCUCUAAACUUUUGCAGAAGCAAGACAUUGACCUCCAGAAAGCAUUAGAUAGAUUGACUGAUGCCUAUACUUGUAUGCAGCAACUAAGGAAUGACUAUUGUAGUGUAGUUGAAAAUGCAAGCAACCUGGCAAUUAAAUGGGGUAUUCCAACUGAUGACAAAGUGGUUUGCCAAAAAAAAGCAAGGUUGUUUUUUGAUGAAGUAGAUGGUGACAGACGAAUGAAUAUCACACAAGAUAAUUUUAAAAUAAAAGUAUUUUUACCAGUUGUUGACACAAUAAUAUGUCAACUUAAAGAUCGAUUUAAAGGUUUACAUAACGUUUGUAGUAUUUUCAAUUUUUUGAAACCUCAAACACUUUUAGGACCAGAUGAAAUUACUAUUAAAGGAUCAUAUGACUUUAUUCAAAUGUAUCAAUCAGAUAUAAGUUCUGAUUUAACAAGUCAACUGCUAUCAAUCAAAGAAAUUAUAAAAAAUAAAAAUUUGAAUAGUAUCCAAGCACUGGCCUCAUUUAUUCUCGAAAACGACUUUGCUACAAGUUACUCUGAUGUAUUAGGAGCAUGUAUAAUUUAUUUGACAUUGCCAGUAACGGUUGCAACAGCAGAAAGGUCUUUUUCAAAACUUAAAAUAAUAAAAAGCUAUUUAAGGAAUUCAACUGGACAAGAACGACUGUCCAAUAUUUCAGUUUUAACCCUACAAUGCAUGAUUUUUUUUUUUUUUUUUUUAAUAAAUUUUUUUAUCAUAAUUAUACCUACAAAUGAACGGAAAAAUAUUUAAAAAAAUAUAAAUCAUUUUUUUACUUAGAAAUAGAUGAGAUUAUAGUUUGUUGCCAUAUGGCAACACUAUGCAUUUAAGGUACGCAUUUUUUUAAAAUAUCAUUUUUUUAUUUUAUUAAUAAAAAUAAGUAAAUAAGUAAAUAACAAUAAACCUGUAUUUGGUAUAAAUCAAAUAAAAUUAAAAAUUACAUCUUGUAAAUCAAAUAAAAUUAAAAAUUACAUCUUGUAAAUAAUCAAAAUUUAAAAAUUUAGAACCUUAUAUUAUAAUAUAAUAAACAGAAGCUACGUUGUAUGCCACAGUGUAAAGCACUCUAACCCUUUUCCACAACACAAACUAACAUUACACUUUCCACAUUUUGAAAAUGUAAAUCCUUUGCAACCAGGUUUCUUGCACCUAGUUUUUUUCUGAUUGGGAACUGGCCAAUGGUCAUAUCUAUCGGUCCUAAUUUCUUUUGGUGGUGCCUUUUCUUUUUGUUUUGUACCUAAUUUUCCUUUUUUUAUUAUACCUAUUUCAAUAUCAGUUGAUGGGCGUCCUCGUUUUGGCGUAUUAUUUUCACCAAGUUUACACAAAGUUAUGGCAAUAAUUUCUUUGUCAACUAAUUUUUUGUUCAUGGUGGAUAUAUAACUUAAUAAUUAUAU